UUUCUUUUGUUUUUAUAGUUUAUAAAUCUCUUACAAUGUGCUAUCACUCUCUUCAUCCUGACCAUAGACGAAAAGCUUUCCCAUAUGGGCGUGUCUUGUACUGAUGUAUGGAAUGCUUUCUUACAUUCUAGGUCUGUUGUUGGAAUUGUAGUGGCCCGUAACACCUCAGUGUUUGUAUUCUUUAACCAUGCGGGUCCACUCCACCAAAGGUCAUUGUUUGGAAGUUCACUUGCCCUGAUACCUCUUGAGGCAAGAUCAGCUGGGUUGUGUUCCGUCGAGACGUGUCUCCACCUGUCGUUAUCUAUAUGCUGGAUGAUCUCCGAUACUCUGUUGCCAACGAAUACCUGCCACCGGCUGGGCGGGGACUGCAACCACGAAAGCACCACCAUCGAGUCUGUCCACGCGUACAUUCUCUGCAUAGGGGAGCUACUUUUGUCUUUGAAGCCAGCAUCGUGACAUGAACAACAUCAUGCUCAUCGACCACCCUUGCAUACACUACAGCUGCAAGUGCAAGUGUCGAUGCGUCAGAGAACCCGUGCAGUGCAACUUCUUUGCAGCGAGAGGACAUCUUGAUCCAUCUUGGAAUCUCAAUCGUUUCCAGCUCUUGUAGUUCGUCUCUGAAGCUAAUCCAUUCGUCAACUAACUCUGAAGAUAGCUCAUCAUCCCAACCACAAUGACAAAGCCAUAAUUUUUGGAUCAUGAUCUUCGCUGUGAUUACAACAGGUGAGAGCCAGCCAAAGGGAUCAAAUAAGCUAGCGACAUCAGAUAAUAUUACUCUUUUUGUUACAGGUGUCCUGAUCGCUGGUAAGUUUACUGAAACGUGAAAAGUGUCAUCCUUUCUAUCCCAGGUAAGUCCCAGUAUCUUUAUAAUUUUGUCUAAUUUAAUUUCUUUCUUAUCUUUUACAGGUUCCGGAGUCUUCGAGUCAUCAGUCAAGUCCUUCAGGAGUUCUUCAGAGUUGCUAGACCACUUCUGCAUCUCGAACCCACCUGCCUUUAGUAAUGCCUUAAUUUCUUUACAGGUUUCUUUUAUCUCGUCGAGAUCUUCGUGCCCUGUCAUAAGGUCAUCCAUGUAGAAUGAGUUUCUUACUACCGCCGCUCCUCGAGGGUAGUUGUUCUGCUCAUCAUCAGCCAAACGUUGAAGAGUACGUACAGCCAGAUGAGGGGCCGCUGCUGUCCCAAAUGUAACUGUAAGUAGCUUAUAACUAUCUAUUCUUUCAGAUGUGUUGUCCCGCCAUACAAUACGUUGUAAGUCUGUGUGUUUGUCGUCCAUUCUUACCUGACGAUACAUCUUUAUAAUAUCGCCAACAACACAGAUUUUGUGAGUUCUCCAUCUAAAUACCAGACUACGCAGGUCUGGCUGUAUUGUAGGUCCUACCAUCAUGCUGCUGUUUAAAGAACAUCCGUUUGGGGCCUUUGCUGACGCGUCAAAAACUACGCGCAGCUUCGAUGUCUCUUUAUCUUCUCUUAUUACAGCACAAUGAGCUAGAUAUACUGCAUUAUCUUCGUCUUCUGGGUCGACCUUCUUCAUGUGGCCCAGCUGUAAGUAUUCGUGUAUUACCUUAGUGUAUUCAGCUUUCAGAUUCUCGUUCCUUGUGAA